AUGGCGCUGGCAGUGGGCGGGGUCAGCCUGGUGUCGGGUCCUAACAGGAAAGACCUGGAGCAUCAGUGGGGCAGGGAAUAUAUUGGGGUAGAGCAAGGGCUGUGCCUGUGCUAUGGAGAUGAGGAGGACGACGAGGAACUUCCCAGGCCUUCCAUCAGUGCCUGGCCCAGCUCUGAGGUGAAGCCCAAGAGUAACGUCACUCUCCAAUGCCGGACCCAUUUCCAGAACGUGACAGUCACUCUGGGAAAGUUGCACAACUCUGGGUACCAGCGAGAGCUGAGAUCAGCGGGAAAGGAGGCUGAGUUCCACCUUACUAACCUGCAGCCUGAAGAUGCCGGGGGUUAUUUCUGUGCCUACAGGACAGCAGCAUCCCCCAGGUGGUCAGCAAAGAGUCAGCACUUACAACUGGUGGUCACAGCUGUGUCAGCCCGCGCUCUCAGGAUGGCCUCAUGA